UGUGCUAAAGAGUCUCAAGGAGGACCAUGCAAAUCAUUGUAUAUAUUCAAUUGCACUUUAUGGUACUGAAAGUGUCAAGGAUCUCAUUGUCCACGAAUCACCUACUCAUCCUCAAUCAAUUUCACCAUUUUCAUAUGAAGAUAGUUGGAAAUGCGGCAGGUUCACCGAAAAUAAUGUUAAGGAACUUCUCUCUCAGUUUGCCAAGACUGUAAUCACAAAACUCGAUGUCGCUGAAAUUGCUUCAGAUAUCUUUGAGCUUACACUCAGCCAUAGAGGCCUAACUGGAGCUUGUUGCCGUUUCAUUGAGAGAACAUACAAAGUUGUGAUUUAUGUUCUCCGUUUUGGUGAUCAUCGAGCUAAUCCCGAAGAUGCCGAUUUAAGAUUUCUCCUUGCAGAAGGACUGGUGAUUGAAGCGGCCAGAGAACCACAACAAGUGCUGACUGGUAAUGGACUUGUGGAAAUCAUUUGUGCCACACCCAUCCUUUGCUCCAUAAUACUGUCCGAAAUACGGCCACCUCCAAUCAAUAUAGCUCCAGAGGAUAUGCCAGACCCUGACAAUGUUGAUCCUCGAUGGUUGUUAACUCACACAAUCGAG